GGAAAAGUAAUUUUCUAUUUUUCUUUUAGAUCUUGUUUCCUCCGGAGGACCUGUACUGCAAGUGGCAGAAAGAGCGUCGGAUUAUGAAGGAAAAACGAAGAAAGAAGAUUUGUGAUGAGAUCCGCAAAGCGCGUGCCCUGCACCAGAGAGCAUGCGCUGCUGGCAAGCGGAAGAAGCCAGUGAAGAGUCCUGCUUCAGCUGCAAAGCAGAGCAGUGUUAAGAAGAGCAUGAAUGGCAGUGCAGACUCUCUGACUAUUUCAGGUGAUGGCAGAGGGCAGUUAGCUGUUAGUACCCAGCCAAGCUCUUUCCCACUGGAUCUCUCUGUGAAGACUUUUGAUGACAACCCACCUGCUUCCCCGGUGCCCAUGUUCCCCCUGUCCUUGUAUGACCUGGAAAGCCCUGUCUGGCCAGACAGCACUCCAACACAUGAACCUCUCGAUGACCUGUUCAUGACACCCGUGUGCACUGGCAGAAGUGAAAUAGAAUCUACUGUGGAAAGGCAUCUCGGCGCUCCGACCACUGCAGUCAAGCAGCCAGUAAUAGAUUGGGAUCCACUGGGAUUUUGGAAUGAGGAGGAGGAGCAGCAGUUUAUUUGUGUCCCUCAGCAGCCAAUGACUGCCCUUGCAGUGGAGAGAGGCGGUCCCUCAGCCACGCGUAUUGGCCCUCUCAACAAGAUGUCAGCUCCAGGGCCACUGCAGAGUCACACAGAGCAAUGGAAAGAAAAAACCUGUGAAUGUUGGGAGGCAGCUCUAUCCCAUUGAAUAUGGAAGCCAGCAGGAGAACAGUGUGCCCAUUGAGGACCUGUUCCUCUUCAAGCUUUAAAUGCACUUGCUAUUAAGAAAUGAAACCGUUUGUCAAAGACUGUAAUGGUGUCUGCUUUAUUAUUUUUUUUUUGUUUGUUUUUUUUAAAUGGUGUUUCAGUUAUUAUGCCAUGUGGAUGUUUUUGAAUGAAGGCACAUUAACCAUUAAAUCUUCUGA